CAGAACAGAGAUCCAGAUAUGGCUCCCACAAUCAGCCCAGCAAGGACCAACUCUCAGGAGCAUCUGACUCUGAACCACAAGCUCAGAAAGCCUCUGGUAGAGAAACUACGCAGAGAGCGAAUCAACAACAGCAUCGAGCAACUCAAGUCUCUCUUGGCUCCAGAGUUUCUCAAACAGCAGCCAGAGUCUAAGCUGGAGAAAGCAGACAUCUUGGAGAUGACCGUUUUCUUCCUGAGACAACUGCAGAAGCAGCAGCAGCAGCAUCCAGCUCUAGACACAGGAGCUGUUGAGUUAGGCUAUGCCAGAUGUGUCCAAGAGGUGACAAACUUCCUCUCCAAAGACGAACUUAAGACGCAGUCCCAGAAGAAACUGUUGAACAACUUCAGCAAGCUGCAGACUUCCUCUGAGAAGAACCUGAAAGAGGCAAAAUUCUCUUCUGUGAACUACACAGUCCAGACAAGUAUCAAUAAAGUCAAGAGUCCAACCACCAGCACCCCCUGGAGGCCAUGGUAGACAUCGACAGCCUGAGGUUAUUGCCUGAAAAAGUAUACCAGACUGGUAGACAGAACAUGUACUGACAUGUGUUUCUUUGGACUGCUUCUAUUGAAUGAAAAUAAGCAUUUAAUUUACUUGUGCUUUUAUGAUGCAUAUUAUCACA